UGCGGAUUAAGUUGGCCCCAACCAGGACCCCGUCUAUGUGCGAUCUCUGCUCUCCAUAUAUACGAAUGUAUCUUUUGUUCAGUGUAUAUAGUGUGUCGUGCAUAUAGUGAAAAGCGGGCAAAAAGAAAGUAAGAAACCGCCAGAGAGCCAAGUAAAUCCCAAUCAAAACAAAAUGUAAGAACCAGACCAAGCUACAGCAGUCCAGAGAAAUACAAAAACCGAAUUAUGAAAUUCCCACGUCGGUGUAAAGUGAGAUGAUUUGAGGUCUGUGUGUUACAAAUCCUUUCCCGUGCCGUCGCCCCAACAUCAUGCUCGACAAAUUCAACACAAACGCAUUCAUAUCGUUUGGACUGGGAUUCAUACUGAUGUGGCUGAGCGAAGCCACGGAAGCCCACAUGAACUACACAGCCAAGCCGCGAGUAGUUCUUCCGCCUAAUUAUGUCAAGGAAAUACGACCGCCCUCGAAGAAGGGCUCCCCAGUGAUAGUAGACUUUAGCAUAUUCGUUGUAGAUAUUAACUCAAUUAACGUAGAGGAUAUGGACUUUAGAGUAGACAUGUUUAUACAUCAGCGCUGGCUGGAGUCGCGUCUGGAGAUCCCAGAUGACAUAUUCGAGGAGGGCGACGACUACGUGACGCUGCUUCCAGAGGUCUUUGAGAAUUUUUGGCAGCCGGAUCCGUACUUUCUAAAUUCCAAAAUUGCCGAAAUAGCGACACUGACCCACAAGUUCACGUCGGUGACGCUCUACAAGAACAAGACGGUGCGCUAUGCGGCCCGGAUGCACGCGAUCAUCGCCUGCCAGAUGGAGUUCCAGCUGUACCCCAUGGACAUCCAGGUGUGUCCCAUCUACAUCGAGAGCUUCUCGUCGAACAAUCAGAAGGUUAAGCUGCGCUGGUCGGACUCCGGGGUGACCCUGAAUCCGGAACUGAAGCUGCUGCAGUACAAUCUGGGCCAGCCGCUGGAACUGGAGGAGAGCGACGGCUACAUGCCGGAGAAGGUGGGCAACUUCUCCCGCCUCACCGUGUACUUCCGCUUCGAGCGCCAGAUUGGCCACCACCUCAUCCAGACCUUCGCCCCCUCAUCGUUGGUGGUGAUGCUGUCCUGGUUCAGCUUCUGGCUGGGACUGGACGCCAUUCCGGGGCGGGUAACGCUCCUGGUGACCUGCAUGCUGACCCUGGUGACCAUGUUUACGGGCGCCGACAUCCCGCCAGUCGCCUACGUUAAGGCCCUGGACCUCUGGAUGGCCGGGUGCAUGCUGUCCGUGUUCGCCGCCCUGGCCGAGUUCGUGGUGGUGAAAGUGCUGGACGUGCAGUACCAGUACCAGGUGAACCGCAUACCCAAGGUACUGCCCAUGCGCAUCAGCAACAUGGAGAAGGGUCAGUGUGCGACGGUGGCCAGUUGGGAAGGCGGAGCGGUGCGGUCGCGGAAGGCCACUCAGACGCCCACGACGCCGGGCCAGACCUCGCUCCAGGGAAACGGAGGACCGCCCAAGCCAGCAAGACGUCAGAGUCUACUUUCCGUGGCGUGGACGGAUACGGAUACCGGCGUGGAGAAGAUCAUGUGGCGGGAGAUCGACAAGGUGUCCCGCGCCGUAUUCCCCAUCCUGUUCUUUGUGUUUGUGCUCCUGUACUGGCCGAUUCUGCUGAUGAAGUCGUCCUAGGAUUUGG